AUGAGUACCACGGUUCCACGUGACUUGAUUCGCCGAGACCACCCGCCCGCCCCGGCGCCCCCGAUUCUUGCGACUGUAGCCCGCAGCUAUGCCGAUCUAGACUCUCGUCUUUCUGCACUUCCCGCUCCUCUCACGAACGACGACGCUUUUUCCGCUCCCGCGUCACGGCGACUGCGCGCCGACACCACAACUCUCGCAAGGCACCCUUUCUACUCGCCAGUGACUCUUCGUCCGUCGGCGCUUAGCUGGAAGCUUUGUCCGUAUCGAUUUCACACCUACCAGCUUGUCAUCGGCAUCGGCAUGUACUCCCAGAAUCAUCAGCAGGGCCAUAGCGCCCGGCUGAAUGGUGCUGGCAGAGGGAUGCCUAGUAUGAUCUACAACUACCAGCAUGCGCAGCACCAACAUCCUUCACAGGCCCAGCAUCACCAAGGCCUGCAGCACGACCACCUACCAGCCUCUAACGGCCUGGGGCAUCACUCCGCUUUCUCCUCCGGUAUCCUCUCUUCCUCGGCCCAGUUCAACUCUGGUCUUCAAAACGGACACUCCGCGUCUCGUGCAGGCCCUGUGCCUCAGAACGAAAUGUGGGUUGAGCAGCUGCGUCUGCACAAGGACUCCGAACGUGCACACUCUGCUAUGACGGACCAGCAACAACCCCAUUACUACGCACGACUCAAGGCUUCCGAAAACAAGGGGAUUGGUGGCCCGCCGCCGUCUAGCGGCAAGGCACAAGCCGACGGCGAAAACGACGGCGAUAGAAGACGACCAUGGGACGCCAGUAUAGAGAAGAACCGACAGGACUGGCACAACAUGGAUAUGAGCGGCCAAGGGCUGCGCAAUCUCGCCCCGGAGCUAUUCCGCUACCAGUUUUUGAGUGAGCUCUACAUCGCCUCGAACAAGCUCUCUAGGCUGCCGAAACAAAUUGGCGAUCUCCGUCAACUGAAACACUUGGACGUGUCGUACAACCAGUUAACCGAACUCCCACCGGAGCUGGGCAUGUGCACGUUUCUGAAGCAACUUUUGUUAUUCAACAACAAUAUUCAAGAGCUACCGUUCGAACUGGGAGCUCUACACUCGCUGGACGUGUUAGGAAUUGAGGGCAACCCUCUAGAACCCGGUCUCAAACAAGAGAUCAUGGAAAAGGGCACGAAAAGCCUCAUCAACGCCUUCAGAGAAAAUGCACCAGUACCCCCGGAACCCGAACCGCGCAAGCCAAUUGUGCUCCAGGAGGAUGUUUCUCCCAGCCUCGAGCGAGUCAAAAUUUUCUCUUGGAACAUUCUCUGCGACAAGUAUGCGACAUCUCAGAUCUACGGGUAUACGCCGAGCAAAGCUCUGAAGUGGGACUACCGCCUGGAAUGCAUCUUGAAGGAAGUCCGCUACCGCGAUGCCGACUUUGUGGCUCUGCAAGAAGUAUCUGGUGAAGCUUUCCGAGACGAACUGAGUCCUCAACUGGCGCAAAACGACUAUCGGGGUAUAUACUGGCCCAAGUCGCGAGCGAGGACCAUGGCCGAGAAGGAGGCCCAACAAGUUGAUGGCUGCGCCAUCUUCUACAAGCAGAGCAAGUAUGUGGUACUCGACAAGCAAGUUAUCGAGUUUGCCGGCAUUGCCAUCAACCGGGCCGACAUGAUGAAGGGACACGACGUGUUCAACCGAGUCAUGCCCAAAGACAACAUAGCUCUCAUUACCUUUUUCGAAUCUCGCGAGACUGGUGCCCGCAUCAUUCUUGUCAACGUUCACCUUACCUGGGAAACGACACUGGCUGAUGUCAAGCUUGUGCAGACUGGUAUACUUAUGGAGCAGAUUACGAAAAUGGCCGAAAAGUAUUCUAGUUGGGCACCUGUCAAGGACAAGAGGUUAAUUAUCGCGCCUGGCGAGGAGGGUAGCGAACCUCUGCCCCCACAGCCAGAGCCCGGUCCAAGCCAAGAAUAUCGCUGCAAUACUGAGAUUCCUCUUGUCGUAUGCGGCGAUUUCAACUCUACAGAAGAUUCGUCCGUCUUUGAGCUCAUGUCCAAGGGACGCGUGUCUCCCGACCAUCCAGAACUGCGCGAUCACCAAUACGGAAGCUACACUAGCGACGGUAUCGAACAUCCAUUUAGCCUGCGUGACUCGUACGCCGCGACACGAGGAACUGCCGACGAGAUGCCAUUCACCAAUUACACACCUGGAUUCUCCGGUGUCAUUGAUUACAUUUGGUACUCGACCAACACGCUAGAGGUUGUUGAAGUCCUGGGUGCUAUGGACAACGCAGAUCUCAAACGGAUCCCGGCGUUUCCCAACUGGUGGUUCCCUGCUGACCACAUUCAAAUUAUGGCCGACUUCGUCAUCAAGGGCCGUAAGGAGAAGAAGCAGAGCAACCAAGAUCGUGAGCACAGCAUCAGUAGUUCACGCCGCACUUAA